AUGAGGAUAACAACAUUCCGUCCCACAAUCCUAAACGCUCUCCUUUUCGACGACUACCUCAUGGUUCUAGUCGAGACAAAACAAUCAGCCGGUCGUCACGUCGUCUGCCGAUAUUUUGAUUGCCUUCGUCGCGAGAUUCCCAGUCAAUUCGAGUCGAAAGUCUAUCCGGAAUCCGUGGUUUAUUGUCCGCGACGGAUUGGUGUCCACUAUAUGUCAAUCACUGGGAAUGUUCUCCAAAAGCCACCCAGGCCAAUUGCCAUUCAGGAUUCUUCGACAAAAUAUUUACAAAGUGCAAGAGAGAUUGCAUCAAGAGUAGGAAAUAUGAAAAAAUAA